UGCAUGAGUUAUUUGGCUAAUUUACAAAUCCUUGCAAUAGAAAAGCGCCAAGCGUAACAGCUUCCAUUUUGAAAUUAUCACCACGAAAGCGAACAAAUUCACUUACAAAACUGAGAGAAUCUUGAAGCAGAAGAAAUCUAUUGGUCCUUAGUGUCAACACUGCUAUCUUGUGUUUCACGCCAAAUUAUUUACUUCAAGAAAUGGAAAAUAACACGUGGUAAACAAACUUCUCCGACUUUUUGAGCCAAUGGGCCAACAUUUAGUUGCAUUAGAAUUUCGUAGCAACUCGUGCUCAAAACACGAGCUCACUAAAAAAUAACAGUAAAGACGUGAACUUUCUACAUGCAUUUUUGUCAUCCUGUUUAAUGGUUCUUGGAUGGAGUUGCUAUUCGACGUUACAGUUAACCAAUCAAGUUAAAUGCAUUGAAACUGUUAUAACAUUUCGGGCUCACUACAGGUUCCGAUGAUGGCUUGCAGAUUUGUAAUAGCCUGUUGUCGCUUUUUACCCUUACGUCGAUUGUGUUCGCCGAGAAAGAUUCUUUUAUCGGGAUGCUUUGUGUUCCUGCUUGUAACGCUGAAUUUGCUGUCGACCUCUGAUGUUAACUAUAAAGCUACCGAAAUCGAUGGCUUACGUAAUGUGCUUGGCUGGGGGUUUUGGAAGAAAACUGCCGGAAAAGAAGGAAAAAAGACGAACCAUUUUGUCAGUGCUGAAGCGUUCUUUCUCCAUCGUCCUCGGAAUAUCCCGCUCAUCAAAGUGGACCCAAUAACUGACUAUGUAUACACCAACGGUAGCAGGCACUGCUUGAAGCAGGGCACAAAACAGGUCAAGGAGAGGGAGUGUGUUUGUAAUGAAAGAUGGUUUGGCAAAAGAUGCCACAUUCCAGAAUCAAUCCACUACUCUAACCAGCUUCAGACAAAAACCUUUUUAAAAUUCCGUAAAUCAGCUAGGAGAAUUGUGUAUGCCGCGCCAUUCAAUCACGAGUUUGUUAUGCUAGAAGCCAUCCUUCACGAUUUGUACGACCUGGUGGACGUGUUUAUAUUUGUGGAGUCUGUUUACACGGCUUAUGGAACUAGGAAGCCACUCAGGCUGCUUCAGCGUCUUCACAGGGGUUACCUGAAGGAUUUCCAUCCGAAAAUCAUAUACCUUUCCAUUGACCACUUCCCCACUGGAGGGAGGGCUAAGGGCUUUAUCGCUGAUUCAUACCUCAGAUCCUACCUUGGAAAAUUUGGAAUACCUCAUAUAAAAUACCUUAAAGAUGACGACUUGUUUCUUGUCUUUGACUUGGAUGAAAUCCCUUCUCGGGACUCCCUCAUAUUUUUAAAGGUGCACGAUGGUUUCCCGGAGCCGUUUGGUUUCCGGAUGCGUUGGUCCGCGUUCGGAUUCUUCUGGAAGCAUCGUCACUUCAGCCAGAUUCCUGCCGGAUGUACUAUAGGAAUGUUGAGAAAGGUCUACCAUGACGACUCCAACAUUGUACGGGAUGUACAUCACGGUGUAACCAAAAACAAGGGCAAUGAUUUCCAGGAAUACCGCAAGCAGUAUCUGGUCAGUAUGUGGUACCUUGGGGAAGAUGGUGGCCACUUCGCUGGCUGGCAUUGUUCUAGUUGCUUCCAUCCAGAGGGGAUAAGGACCAAGUUUUUAUCCGCUCAAAAUGCUGACUGGCCACGCUGGGGCAGCAUCAAGGAAAAAAUGGAUCUGAACUUCAUAAAGAGUAUGAUAAAGCAAGGGAAAUGGUUUGAUGGCUCGCCAUUGAAUAAUCGCCAAGUUAAUGAGAUGGUUAGCGCAGAGACAGACUCAUUUUUUGCGCCUCCGUAUCUCAUGAAGAACUACGACAAGUUUUUGUAUCUGAUGGAGAACCCUUACGCAGACGACGAAGACGUGGACGGUGAAGAUGACGACGGGGAAAAUAGCGCGGUUGCUUUCGCAGAUAGUUGUUUAUUUAUAAGGACGUUUUGUGUAGUUGGAAUCUUCUCCUUUAUAGCAUAAUCAUUAAUGUAGACGUUUAGAAUAAGAAGCAAGGUAUAGUUA